CCCGGGAAUGUAACCGAGCAGAUCGGACUCGACUCUUUAAUACGCGGUGUCUUUUAAAGUGAAAGAAGACUUACAAUUACUACAAUACGUAAUAUUUGUUAUACUGAAGAUUACUUAGCACAUUCACAAUGCUGGGGUCUUCAUUUUAUGACAGCUUUUGGACCAGCGAUUAUGAGCUGGGAUUCAGAAAGCUCUUUGACCAACUCCAAGAUGGGAUCAAAGAGAAUGAAUCAUUUAUACAAUUAGUUCAAAGUCGAAUUGAUCUGGAAUAUUCAUAUGGGAGUCAAUUGAAAGCCAGUGAUGAGACUAUUAAGAAACGAGACAAUCGUCUCUAUAAUGAUGAAUAUAUUUCUACUACUAAAACUGCAUUUCAAAUCUUUAAUGAGAAUUUUAAAGAACAAGGUUCAUAUCAUAUGUCUAUAGCUUCAAGAAUACAUAAUAGUGUAUUGGAACCUUUAACCAAAUCCACUGAAGAACAUCGCGAUAAAAUUGGUACAGCAAAAAAGAAAAUCUUUGAUAAAUUAGAUGAGUAUAAGAGAUUGAAAAAACAUGCGUUACAGAUUCGCAGUAGAUAUUUUACUCGAGCUCGUAGUUUAGAAGCGUUUAGAGAAAAGUUCUCUGAAGAUGAAUUGGCGUUUGAAAUGAAUGAAUAUCUUAAUUUGAGAGAUGAUGAAAGAGAUAAGGUAUAUUAUAUUGCUGGUGAUGAAUAUGAACUUGGAGAAUUGAAAGUAUUACUUAGUAAGAUGUUAACAUCUAUUGAAUUAACAUCUCAUAAGAAUAAUUUUUAUAUUACUUAUAAUAAUGUAUCUUCAGGGAUUUCUAUAACUCAAUGGGUAUUAGAUAAUUUACCUAACAUUGAUAAGAAUAUUUCUAAAGCUGAAAGAUUUGGUCAAGAUUUGUUAGAUUAUGAAUUUAUAAAGGCUGCUGGAAUUGGGAAUAACAAUUUUGUUAAUUCAUCUCAAUAUUAUUAUCAAUGGAAGCCUAUUGUAUUUGAAAUCACUAAAUUGAAAGCUCCAACUAAUGGUAAUGAAACUGCUACUCCUAUAGCCAAUGCAACAUCUAUUCUUGAACAAAUGGGAGUUGUAGGAGCUGUCGAUGAAAAUAACAUUACUCAAUACCCUAAAUUAUCCAUUGAUGUAGAAAGAUUGGAAAAUAACUAUAGGGAUGCUGUAGAGAAAUUCGAUACAGUAAGAUGUGAAUAUGAAGAAAUCAUUGUAGAAAACUUAGGAGAUAUUCAAAGAAGUGAAUUUAAUAGAUCUAGUGUAAUUAAGUAUCUUACCCAUGAAUUCUUGAAUUGCAUUUCAGGAAAAAUCGAUGAAAUGGAACGAUCCUUUAAAGAUUUAGAAAUUCUUGAAGAAACCAUUAAACCACAACAAGAUUUGGACUUUUUAAUUCAAUCCAAUUCUACAGGAUCUUUCAGACCUCAAGUUAUGACAUUUGAAAAUUAUUUUACUCGACCUGAUGAAACAUUUGGUAUUAAAUUACUUACUCGAUCCGAUAUAGAUAAUCGGGUUUUACCAUUCAUAAUUCAAGCCAUAAUGUCUUAUUUGGAUAAGACCUAUAAAUCUCUUGCUGAUGAUGAAAGAAUUAUAGAAUUAUGGACUGGACCAGUCAGUUUAAAAGUUGUGCAUGCUUUAAGAUUUAAAUUGAAUAAAGUAUCGGGAUUGGAAAAUAUUAAGGCUGUAUUGUCAGAAGCAGAACCUAUUGCAGUAACCAAUGUUUUGAAGUUGUAUUUAUUAGAAUUACCGGAAUCCGUCAUACCUGAAGAAAACUUUGCUUUAAUCAAAGCUAUAUAUGCUCAAAAUUCCGGUCAAGAAGCAUUGGAUAAUAGAAUUAAUGGUCUUAUCAAUGUUCUUAGAGAUGUUAACACUUGUAAUUUGGCUACUUUGGAUACCAUCUUGUUACAUAUUCAUCAUCUUAUUAAUAUUAUUGGUAAGAAACAUGUUGAAUUGGCUAAUAACUUCAAAACUAAGCUCUUAAAGGAUUUCAGUGACUUGUUACAUAGACCUAAGCUUGAUGAUGAACGGUGGGGAAGAGUUAAUACUGAUAGACAUCUAUUUGAGUUGAUCAAUGACUUGUAUGAUUAUCGUCAAAAGAUCUUCUCUGCCAUUAGAAAUUCUUCUGAUCAUCGUAACAAGUCUUUGCCCAAUAGAUCAUCGUCUAAUGCUUCCCAUAAGUCAUCUAAAUCUCCCGAAGAAGUACCAACCACUCCUACUCCUCCAGAAGUCCCAUCGAAGACUACUCUCAAGAGAUCCGUUUCACCUGUCAAACGAAAGUUACACACCAUAUUAGGAGAAAAGAAGACAUUUACUGUAACUUCGUCUACAGUAUCUACAGCCAAUACUUCCUCUAGUCGAGAAGAAUAUGACAGUGAGAGUUCUGAUCUGAGUCUUCCCAAGGUCAGAUCCAAGUCUCCCUUCAAGCCAGAAGUUAUCAAUGUUGAUUGAUAUAGUAUAGUAAAGAAUAGUAAAGAAUAGU